UAGAACGAAUUCAGAGGAGCUGAGCAUCGCAUUCCCUGAGCACAUCCAGGACGGCAGAGCGCAAGGCAAGUUGGUUGUUGCAACUGCUAGGAGAGCUCCUGUGAGCAACUUGCUCUGACGAGGGCUAGAAGUUUAAGUGGAGAACCGUCGGUCAGCGCUGCUCCUCCCCACACCACCCGCGGGUGAACGCGUCCCAGCGGGGGCUCCCACGCGCAGAUCUCGCGAUCUCCUCCCCCGCGCGAUACCGAGCGCGCCACGCGGCUCUUCUCCCCGCGUUUCCCACCCGCCAAUCCCGAACGCGCGCCUUUGCCGCCGCCUCCAACCGGCAUGCGCGCGGCUCUGGGCCGUAAGGCCGGGAACCGAUAACGACGGAGACGGCUCCCUCUCUUCGCCCUCCUCCUGGAGUACCUUACCUGAAACCACGCUAGUGCUCACGCCCCUUGGCUGAAAAAAGCGCCGCCGCUCCCUUCCCCUCGAGUUGCUUCCCGGGCCCGCCACGUCGCGUUGCCUUUCCGUUGUGGUGCUUUCUGUUUUUCUGACUCUGGGUUCUCCUUGUUGUGCUGCUGCGAUGGCGCCUCUUACAAGUUACUCCAGCGGGCCUUUGUUGUUGGCGUCGCCGCCGCUGCUGCUGUUUCUCUCGUUUUCCAGAGUUCGAGGUGAUUGCUCCUAUCUGCAUGUAACCAAUGCUAGCCUAAGGACUGGGAGUCCAAGAGACAGCUAUCCUACUGGGACUGUUUUGCAGUACCGUUGUAUCCCAGGUUAUGAGCCUAUUCCUGGAGAGACUCUUUCUAUUACAUGUCUUGCCGAUUCAAAAUGGUCAGUAGAAAAUCCUAGGUUUUGUCAAGGAAGGCGAUGUCCUACUAUAAAUUUAGAGAAUGGCAGAAUAGUAAAAUCAAAAGACUUGCGGCUAGGUGAUGAAAUAACUCUAGGCUGUAAUGAGGGGUACAGAAUAAUAGGCGUAAAUACUCUUCAAUGUAGGCUUAUAAACAACAACGUUAAUUGGAAUAGAGACCUUCCACUUUGCCAACGAAUCCCCUGUUUCCCCCCUCCUAAGAUUGCCAAUGGUCAACACAGUGAGCCAAUCGAUGGACAUUAUGACUAUGGCACAACAGUGACGUACACUUGUAAUGCUUAUUACUCACUUAUUGGAAGCCGUACUAUUACAUGUUUAGUGGCUGCAGAUGGUAUAAACGGAGAGUGGCGUCCAGCUGCACCUGAAUGUAAAGUGGUCGUAUGCCGUAGACCUGACAUAAGAAAUGGAAGAAUAACAACUGUGUAUAAGCCUGCGUACACCUAUGGAGAUCGUGUAAUAUCUGCAUGUAAUCGUGGAUACACUCUGGUGGGGAAUGACAGUAGUAUAUGUGGGGCUAACAAUGCCUGGGAACCUCCUAUUCCAACAUGUGUUAGGCAAUCCACCACCACUGUUGCCACCACCCGUCCAAGUGGAAGUACCAAAAAAACAACUUCUAGCAGACCUCGUCCAACCACUGGAGGUGGUGGUGGAGGAGGA